AUGGAUACAGAGCCCUCUGCGCCCACUAAACCCACUGAGACAACACUGCAGAGCAAAGGAUCGGCGCCAAUUCUCCACAAUGCGGCGGCUUCCCCUGAAGUAGAUCCGACGGAGAACAACGACGAUAAGAAAUAUCUUACAGGUUGGAAGCUUCAUUCUUUGAGCGCAGCGCUUUGGAUCAGUCUCUUCUUAUCAACACUCGAGACAACCAUCGUCAGUACAUCGUUGGUCUCCAUAACCAAUGCCCUCAAUGGCUUCAUCCUUCGUGAUUGGAUCGUCACAUCCUACUUGUUGACAUAUACCGGCUUUUUGACUAUUUAUGCCAAGCUUAGCGACGUUUUCGGGAAGAAGACGAUGCUUUUGCUUGCACUACUUAUUUUCACGUUGUUCUCUGGUCUUUGUGGUGCUGCAAACAAUGUCGUUGAUCUCAUCAUCCUUCGAGCGUUCCAAGGCAUUGGCGCAUCAGGCAUCUAUGCCAUGAUUCUCGCAAUCGCUCCGAGCUUAGUGCCGAUCAGCAAAUACGCAAAAUACAUGGGCGUCAUGUCGACAGUCUUCAUCACCGCAAGCGUUCUGGGCCCUAUCUUGGGAGGUGUGAUUAGCCAGCAUUCAACCUGGCGUUGGGUCUUUCUUCUCAAUCUUCCGGGAGGAGCCAUCGCCUUUGUCAUGGUUUGCUUCUUCCUACCGGCUUCCGAAGAAUCAUCCAGCCUCUCCCUUCUGAAAGUACUGCGGUCAAAGGUUCGACGCUCGAACUGGGUCAGGAUUGACGUGCUCGGAAUAAUUCUUCUCCUUGCAGCCUCAGUUCUCCUCGUGUUCGCACUUGAGGAGGGAGGUACCCGAUACUCAUGGGGCAACGCGAUUGUCAUAGCCACCCUGGUUCUGGCAGUUGUGCUCUUUAUCGCUUUUGGUUUCUGGGAAGUCUACGUUGAAAAGUCGCCAAGCAAGCAAGAACCUGUGUUCCCGCCGAGUAUUUGCAAGGAUAGGAUCUCAAGCGCCAUGCUACUGACGACUUGUUUCGUUGGCUUCCCUUUCGUCUCAAUGGUCGUCAACAUUCCGCAAAGGGCGCAAGCAGUGUAUGGAAUGUCACCAUCUCGCGCUGGCAUCAUCCUACUUCCCAUGAUGCUAACUUCUCCUGCCGCAACGGUUCUUUCAGGUUACUUGACCGGAAACGCUAAGGUGCCGCCCGCAUACCUGAUAACUAUCGCUGCGGUGCUACAAGUCUUAGGCGUCGGCUUAACGUGCUCACUGUCCACAGAUACGACUAGCAUGCCAGAUGCUCAGUACGGAUAUGAGGUGUUGAUGGGAAUUGGGUUCGGUAUGAGUCUGGCCACCGUCUUGACCUUUGCUAGAGUAGUGGUCAGUGAAGAAAAUCUGCCGGUGAUGAUGGGUGCACUGACCCAGAUCCGUGUCCUCGGUGGCACCGUCUCGCUCGCAAUCUGGUAA